AUGGUGUUACUUUCAUGUUUCCCACCUCUACGCAGACGAAAACCAUCUUCUUCUUCCACCGCCGACGUUGAUGAACCCGUCAAGUUAUUUUCUUCUCUGAUUACCGAUAUCGACAGGCUUCAAACAUCGCUACAACCUGAAGGUUCCAUUUCCCUUAAAUGGUGCUCUGAAGCCACCAAUCUCCUGAGGAAGAUUCACUUCCAGAUGCUUCUCUGUUACGAAAAGGUACCCUGUUCGUGGGAUGGCAUAAAUAUCUUGGAAGAGUACAUGAAAGAGACCUUAGAUCUCCUUGACUUAUGCAACUCUCUGAAAUCAGCCAUUUCCGGGAUGGGAAGGUAUCGGCUAAUGGUUGACAUCGCUGUUGGAAAGUUCUGUGAUGACAACGAGAUUCCAGAAGCAACUGCCAUGACUGAGAUUGAGAGAUUAGAAAGUGGGAGAAAGAACAUUUAUGGGGUUGAGAAGUGGAAAGAUAUGAAUCUAUUCGAGAUCACCGGCAUGCCUAAAACUAAGAUCCGUUUCAUCUAUGCCAUUAAAAGCACCAUUACUGUAAUGGGCAAGCUUAUUUUUUCUGCAGUUCUCUACCCAGUUUCCAAUAUUGGAAAGGAGGAGGAAGUUUACAGAGAGUUUCCUCAGCUGAAGUUAUUCUCAGUUUCACUUGGGAGGCUCGUGGAUUGCUUCUUGAAGGGGAAGGACGACACAGGGAGGCAGGUUUUGGUUGAGAAUAAGGUUGUAGAGAAGGCGGUUUUAGAUAUUAAAGAAGAGGUUUUGAAGGGCAAAGAAGCAGGGGAUCGAGAAAGGCUUCGGAAGAGUAUCGAUUUGCUGAAGAAAAGCUCUUUGGCUCUCGAAGAGGGUGUGGAGAUGUUUGAAGCUGCAGUGAAUAAGCUGUUUGAAGAGGUUGUCAAUGGAAGGAAUAAGAUUCUGGCUAUGCUCAAUGCAAAUUAGUGAUAAUAUAUAUAGAUCUGUACGUUGGUGUACAAAAUAAUUCUUCAUUUGUCAUUUUGGAGAUAUAUACAUGGAUGAAAAUGAUAGACCUACAA